GUCAAAUCAGAUAAAAACAAUUGAAAUGUUAUUUAGACAAUGAUAGAAUUAGUACUCGGUAUGAUAAUGAAUGUAGCCAUGCACUCAAACCCACACGGUGCCAGUACGCGGUUUUUCUCCACUAGAGAUCACUAAAGUCGCUCUUAUCUACGUGCAGACGACAUUGCAAUGUCUGCAGACGACAGCAAACUGUACAGAGCAAUGGACACGAGACUCUGCACCUCUGCAUGCACCCUUGCAGUAAUAACUUUCUGGGUUUUUACUACUGCGUCUGCACAGAUAAGUGAUUCUCCCUAUGUGAGUAAUGGAAGUUUGACAUUUAAGAACCGGACAUUUUAUUUAGAUGGCAAUCCGCUACAUAUUUUAAGCGGAAGCUUGCAUUAUUUUCGGGUCGUUCCGGAAUAUUGGUGGGACCGGAUGCGGAAAAUGAAGGCAUGUGGACUGAACACUCUCACGCUUUAUGCUCCUUGGAAUCAACACGAACCAUAUCCCGGUAGAUACAACUUUAACGGAAUUCUAGACUUACGGAGAUUCAUUAAAAUGGCCCAGAGGGCAGGGCUUUACGUCAUAUUCCGACCAGGGCCGUACAUCUGCUCCGAGUGGGAUUUUGGGGGUCUUCCAGCUUGGCUGUUACGGGAUCCCGAUAUGAAAGUUAGGACAAAUUACCAUGGUUACCAAUCACAUGUUAGAAGGUACUUCUCCCGACUUAUGGCCGAGGUUUCAGAUUUGCAGUAUCAUAGAGGCGGGCCAAUCAUAGCAGUACAAGUUGAAAACGAGUUUGGUUCCUACAGCAACGACACAAAGCAUUUACUGUUUAUUAAACAGACUCUGGAAGAAAACGGUAUACAUGAACUCUUCUUUACAUCAGACGGCUUCUACAAUUAUACAGAGGGCCUGAAUGGGCUUGACAACGCCCCCUUCUAUACAGAAGCCUUACCUACCGUGAACUUUCAGGAUAUCGCCCAGGGGGAAGAACUCUUCCGUAAGGUGGAAGCGCUCGAUGAUGACUUCCCUUUGAUGGUGACAGAGUACUGGUCAGGGUGGUUUGAUUACUGGGGUGGUCCGCACCAUAAACAGUCUCUUAACGACUUUGGCAGCACAUUGACCGCUAUUUUGAAUCGUUCCGCAUCCAUUAACUUCUAUAUGUUCCAUGGAGGAACGAACUUUGGUUUUAUGAGUGGGGCUAACUGGGACUUUGAAAAGAACACACUGAAGACUGACGUCACUUCCUAUGAUUACGAUGCUUUGUUGACGGAGGCCGGGGAUAUAACAGAGAAAUACAGAAUAGCUAGACAAAUCAUCCACGAAAAAAUUCAUGGGAUGCCUGGACUUGAAAUACCCUACGACACGCCCAAGGAAGACUUUGGUUCUGCAGGUCGUGUUAACAUCCAACACUACAUGCCGUUAGAAAAUAUCCUUAAAUUAGCAAAGAAAAUCCGGAUGAAUAAAACCGUCCCCAUGGAGCUUUUACCGUUACACCCAGUGGGCAGAAAUAGCUUCAGCGGACAGAUGUACGGGUACAUCUUAUACCGGACCAACAUUACUCACGGGGAUAACCUGACCUUCACCGACUUUCCCAGGGACAGGAUCGAGGUAUUUGUUGACGGUAACUCUGUCGCUGUUCUGGAAGGAAUGGUGGACAAUGUAAAUGUCAACAUAUCUCUGGGACAGAUCAUCGGGGCAAUUCCGAUUGAAAGAGUGCUUGACAUUUUGGUUGAGAAUAGGGGACGAGUGAAUUUUGGAAUAUUUGGAGCGUCAGUCCUCGACGAACAGUUGAAAGGUUUGGACAACAACUGUUUUUUGGAUGGUCAAGUAUUGGAUGACGUCGAUAUUUACCCUCUGGAAUUUGAUGAAGACUUUUACAAACGUCUUAAAGAUCAAACUGACUGGGAGCCAUACAACAAGCAGAGAGAUCUACCCGGAUUUUAUCGGGGCCAUAUGUUCAUCGCCUAUACACCACUAGACUCGUAUCUAAAUAUGAAGGGAUGGACCAAAGGUUUUGUGUACGUUAACGGGGUAAACCUGGGGCGAUACUGGAAUAAAGGACCCCAACAAACACUUUUUGUACCAGGUCCUUAUCUGAAGCAGGGAUUUAACGAGAUCAUUAUCUUUGAACAACACAAGUCACACAACCGAGUAACAUUUCAAGAAACAUAUAUUUUAGAUGAACGUGAUGAAGACAAUUCUUAAAAUUGUUUAACUUUCUUUUUAUUUACUGUGAUCCAUUUUAUC